AUGGGGCUGCAGGUGCCGCCGGAGGAGUUCAACCGGUGCGUGCGCGGGUGCUGCCGCAGCGCCACCAUCCCGCUCCACCUCCCGCCCGCCUCCUUCUCCUCCUGUCCCCCAUCGCGCGAGGUAUCCCCACACGCUAAGCCCUCGCUUCUCGGCUCUCCCUUUCGGUUGUGGCGCUCCGGAGGUGGGGACGGCGCGUGCGUAGUGGUAACGGUGAAAAGCUGUGCAGGCUCGGAGAGCACUGUGUACGAGGCGCUGCUGGGCGGCGAGCGCGCCGCGGCCAAGAAGCCUGUGCUGUCCACCGCCGAGGACCUCGACAAGUUCCACUACCAGCUCCAGCUCCUCUGGCCAGUAGAUAGUAGAACAAUGAAUCUUCUUGGGGGGCCUCUGUCUGGCUCACCUUCCUCCGUUUCGUGCUCCCCCACCCAGUUGCGCAGCCUCGCGCAAGUCUUGCUCUCCGGCCUCACAGGCAGCCGCCUCGGCCGCCUUCUCCCGGCUGCCCACGCCCGCGCCGUCGUCUCCGAUGGCCUUGGCUUCCUGUUCCUCGCGAACCUUCUUCUCCACGGUUACUCCAAGCUCGGCCGCAUCCACGAUGCGCGCCGCCUGUUCGACGGAAUGCCUCACCGGAACCUUGUGUCCUGGUCCUCAGCCAUCUCCAUGUACGCACAACAUGGCGCUGAUAGCCAAGCCCUUGACCUGUUUGCAGCGUUCAGGAGAUCGUCUGACGAGGCACCCAACGAGUUCUUGCUUGCCAGUGUCAUGCGGGCCUGCAUGCAGUCCAGGGCUGUUCCUCUUGGCGAGCAAGUGCAUGGCAACGCCGUCAAGCUUGGCCUGGAUGUUAAUCUCUAUGUUGGCACUUCGCUCGUCAACCUAUAUGCGAAGGUUGCCUGCAUGGAUGCGGCCAUGCGGGUGUUCCAUGCUCUUCCUGCAAAGAAUCCGAUUACUUGGACAGCAGUCAUCACCGGUUACUCUCGGAUUGGCCACGGCGGACUAGCCCUUGACUUGUUUCAAAAGAUGGGGGCUCAAGGUGUCCAGCCUGACAGGUUUGUGUUAGCAAGUGCUGUCAGUGCCUGCUCUACGCUUGCCUUUCUACAGGGAGGCAGGCAAAUACAUGGCUACGCUUAUCGAAGUGCAGCAGGAGUGGAUGCUUCCGUGAUCAACGCGCUCAUAGAUUUGUAUUGCAAGUGCUCCAGACCGUUAGUGGCUCGUAAGCUAUUUGAUCGAAUGAAGAACCAUAAUCUUGUGUCUUGGACUACAAUGAUCGCUGGUUAUAUGCAGAAUUCACUUGAUGCUGAAGCCAUAGAAAUGUUCCAGCAGAUGUGUCAGGCUGGAUGGCAGCCAGAUGCUUUUGCCUGUACAAGUAUCUUGAACUCAUGCGGCUCAAUGGAAGCUAUAUCGCAAGGAACACAAAUACAUGCCCAUGCCAUAAAGGCCAAUCUGGAGAAUGAUGAGUAUGUCAAGAAUGCUCUCAUUGACAUGUACGCUAAAUGUGACCAUUUAACUGCUGCAAGAGUGGCAUUUGAUGCCUUGGCACAUGAUGAUGUAGUCUCUUACAAUGCGAUGAUUGAAGGCUAUGCAAGGCAAGGUGAUCUUACAGAAGCAGUUCAUAUAUUCCGUAAAAUGAGAUAUUGCUCUCUAAUGCCAAACCUACUAACCUUUGUUUCGCUACUUGGGAUGUCAUCACUUCUGUCAUCUAUUGAAUGGAGUAAGCAGAUUCAUGGCCUCGUCAUCAAAUCAGGAACUUCAGUAGACCUAUACGUGGGAAGUGCUCUAAUCGAUGCCUAUUCAAAAUCUUCCCUUGUGGAUGAUGCCAAGGCUGUGUUUCUUAUGAUGCAAAACAGGGACAUGGCCAUCUGGAAUGCUAUGAUAUUUGGCCACACACAGAAUGAGCAAGGGGAAGAGGCGGUAAAACUCUUCAACCAACUUCGUGUCUCUGGGAUGACACCCAAUGAGUUCACAUUUGUAGCACUAGUAAACGUGGCAAGCAACUUGGCAAGCAUGUUCCAUGGGCAGCAGUUUCAUACCCAUAUCAUCAAAGCAGGUUGUGACAUUAAUCCUCAUGUUUCAAAUGCUCUUAUAGACAUGUAUGCAAAAUGUGGCUGCAUCAAAGAAGGAUGGAUGUUGUUUGAGUCAACAUGUGGGAAGGAUGUUAUUUGUUGGAACUCCAUGAUUACUACGAAUGCACAACAUGGUCAUGCUGAAGAAGCACUUCGUGCUUUCCAGCUGAUGAGAGAGGCCAAUGUAGAACCAAAUUAUGUGACUUUUGUUGGUGUGCUAUCAGCAUGUGCUCAUGCAGGUCUUGUGGAUGAAGGCUUACACCAUUUUAACUCCAUGAAAUCAAAAUAUGGUGUUGAACCGGGCACCGAGCAUUAUGCUUCAGUGGUCAAUCUUCUUGGUCGUGCAGGGAGAUUACAUUCUGCUCAGGAGUUUAUUGAAAAGAUGCCAAUCAAACCAGCGGCAGCUGUUUGGAGGAGCUUGCUGAGUGCCUGCCGUCUCUUUGGUAAUGUUGAAAUUGGGAGGUAUGCCGCUGAAAUGGCACUCUUGGGAGAUCCGUCAGACAGUGGCCCUUAUGUAUUACUCUCAAAUAUUUAUGCCUCCAAAGGGCUAUGGGCGGAUGUGCAGCAGCUAAGACUGAGGAUGGAUUAUGCUGGGGCGGUGAAGGAGCCAGGUUAUAGUUGGAUUGAGGUGAUGAAGGAGGUUCAUACGUUCAUUGCAAGAGGGACAGAACACCCACAGGCAGAAUUGAUAUAUGCAGUAUUGGAUGAUCUGAUGGGUCUACUAAAAGAUUUUGGCUAUCACCCUGAUACCUCUGAACUUGCAUUGCUUGGUGAGACUGUAAUUGUGAUGAACACGAACCUCUGUGAUCUGGACCACCCUGGGUUGGCAAAACUGAUCGCAGCACAUGCACGCCCUCCAAAUUACUUGAUGUUCUUUGACUUCUUCGAGCCUCCAAACCUCGCAGAAAAGAUACAUGUUGAGGAAUGGAUCCCUUCUACCCAGCAAGUGGUUGCGAUUGCCAGUGAUCUAGCAAAGGCUCUCCAGUACCUACAAAUCCUUGGGGUAGUACACAGAGAUAUAAAACCUGCAAAUAUCUUGUUAGACAAAGACCUCCAACCACAUCUAGCAGAUUUUGGCUUAGCCAUGUUUCAAAAGGAUAUUAAGCCUGUUUCAGUUGAGAACUGGAAAUCAUCUGGCAAGCCCACUGGUGGUUUCCAUAAAAAGAAUAUGGUUGGGACACUAAUUUACAUGGCACCAGAAAUUUUGAGAAAGGAUAUACAUACAGAAAAGUCUGAUGUAUAUAGCUUUGCAAUAUCUAUCAAUGAGCUUCUUACUGGUGUGGUGCCUUAUACAGAUCUGAGAGCAGAAGCACAGGCACACACUGUUCUUGAAAUGACAUAUACUGAACAACAACUUACAGCAGCAAUUGUUUCUCAAGGAUUGCGUCCAGCACUUGCCCUUCCUGAAUCUGGUGCCCCACCAACUCUUUUGUCACUUAUCCAGCGUUGCUGGGAUCCUGAUCCUGAAAAGAGACCAUCAUUUGAUGAUAUAAUUGAUGAGCUAAAUACAGUUCAAAAGCAUUUAGUUUCAAAUGCUUCCGUUCCAUCAUCUGCUGUGAGCAAGAGUCAAAAUUGUACCAUAGAAGUGCACCAUUAUCAAGAAGCAUUGAACUGGUUCAACCAAGGGGAGCUUUUUGUUAAGAGAUCAAGUAGAUCAGAUCUUAAGAAUCUUUGGUCUGGUUGUUUCGAUCAGUCCUCAGAGUAUCAUCCAACAUUAAGUUGGGGCUCUUUUGCAACAUGUGGUCGAAGGGAAACUAUGGAAGAUACCCAUUUUGUGCUUCCCCAUAUGAGUGAAGAAAAGGAUGUUUUUGCCUUUGGCAUUUUUGAUGGCCACAGAGGUUCAGCAGCUGCUGAAUUUUCUGUCCGAGCAGUCCCUGGAUUUCUCAAGCAAUUUGGUCAGGGUGCAAGCCCAACUGACGCCCUUUCAGAAGCAUUUGUAAGGACUGACAUAGCAUUUCGAGAAGAACUAAUUCUUCACCGAAAGUCAAAAAGGAUAAUCCAAAAAGACUGGCAUCCUGGUUGCACGGCAGUAACAGCCCUGAUAGUGAGGAACAAGCUUUUUGUAGCAAAUGCUGGUGAUUGCCGAGCAAUCUUGAGCCGUAAUGGCAAACCAUUUCCGUUGACCAAGGAUCAUGUCGCUAGUUGUCCAAAUGAAAGAGAACGAGUAACAAAGGCAGGAACUGAAGUAAAAUGGCAAAUAGAUACUUGGCGAGUGGGUUCAGCUGCUCUUCAGGUUACAAGGUCAAUUGGUGAUGAUGACCUCAAGCCAGCAGUCACAGCACAACCUGAGGUUAUUGAAACUGCUUUAUCAGCUGAUGAUGAGUUCCUGGUGAUGGCUAGUGAUGGCCUAUGGGAUAUGGUAAGCAACGAGGAUGUGCUGUCAAUAAUCAAGGACACAGUUAAAGAGCCUGGAAUGUGCUCCAAGAGGUUGGCCACGGAGGCUGCAGAGCGGGGCAGCAAAGACAAUAUCACUGUCAUUGUCGUGUUUCUUCGCCCCGUCUCCACAGCUGAGCGGAUCUACUGA